AUGUCCCCAUUUGUUAAAAAAGUAUUGGAAGCUAAAGUUAAAACACUUUUGUAUUAUGGAGAUACAGAUAUGGCUUGCAAUUUCCUUUUGGGUCAACAAUUUGCCUCACAACUUGGAUAUAGAGUAAUAAUGGACGCAAAACCGUGGAGAGUUGAUGGACAGAUUGCCGGACUUAAAACAAAAUAUACAAAUGGAUUAACCUUUAUUACAAUUCGAGGCGCUGGACAUAUGGUUAAAUUUAAACACCUCCCAUUCGCCUCAAAAAUAUUUUUAUUUUUAAAGGUACCGGAGUGGAGAGCCCCUCAAAUAUUUUACGCGAUACAAAAUUUUUUAAAUUAUGGGGAAGUUUAA